ACAGGGACAUACCGGUGCCAGUACCGGGUGUCAGAGCCAGCAGAGACAUCAGAGAGGAGUGACCCCGUGGAGCUGGUGCUGACAGAUCACUGCUUCCCGCCACCUGGCAUUUCCAUGAGCCCCAAGGAACGUGUGGGGAUGGGGACCAACAUCACUAUCCAUUGCAGCAACAUGUACCAAGGGGCCACCUUCCUGCACAAGGACGGGCACUCAGUCCCUAUCCAGCAGCAGGACCCUGAUGGUGGGGGCACGGCCACCUUCACCCUCGUUGGGGUGACUCCAGCUGACAACGGCACCUAUAGGUGCUCCUACCACCCCAAGGGCUUCCCCUUUCUGUCCUCCCCCCUUGGGGACAGCGUGGCACUGGAGGUGACACCCACGCCUCCAAUGGCAGAGUCCCAUGGGAACCUGGUGGUGGCAGUGCUGAGGGUCUGUGCUGCUGCCCUCAUCUUCUGCCUUGGCGUCUUCUUUGUCCUCAAUGCCCGCAACCUCUGGAUACGGAAAGAUGGGAGCCCUGCUGGGGAAAAGGUUAAAUAG